AUGGACACUUUCGCGCCGCAAACACAGACAGUGUCCUCUUUCCAGUCUUCUCGAGACGGCUCAGACCGGCCUCGGCUGAUUCCCCUCGAGACGUGUUCUCUCUCCAGUCCCCUCAAGCGCGGCCGUGAGUCGUUCUUCUCCCACGAGGACACCCGAGACCAGACUCCCCAAAGACCGGAGACAGACAGGGACGAAGUGUCUCCACUGUCUCCUGCCCCACAGCCCACGCGCGGCCACCACAGUGUCUCGUCGCGGGCCUCGCGGCGCCUCGCAGACGCCACGGCGCGGGUUAUGAGCCUCUUUGCGCUGGCGCAGGAACACGAAAGAGACAGUCAAGGAGACAGUCGAGCAGACAGUCAAGGAGACAGUGGAAGGCGCCCCGCGAGAGACGCGUCUCAGGAGAGACAUGGAGGCAGGGGUUCGCGGCCUCAGAGCCCGAGCCUGGAGAGCAGAUUGUUCAAUCGAAAGGUCGCGCAGUGGAGAAUGGAGGCAACUCUGGUUCUGUAUGUCGCGAAUCUGCUGCUACACUCGAUAAACGGGAUUUUCUUCGUUCUCAAGGGUCAGGCAGCGACUGGCGCGGUGAUUUUGUUGACCCAGACGACCGCGUGCGUUUUUGCGUCUCUCCUUUACGUCAUCGAUCGGGAAUAUUUGAAGGCAUUUCUCGCCCUCCUGGGCCUCGCCGUGUUUAUGGAGGUUCAGCCGCUUCCUCUGGCCUCUCGUCGUCACCUGGCGGCCGAGGAAUCCUCGGCCUUGCGGUCUGAGGCCUUGGAGCCUACCAGCAGGGCCUCGACCCACCAGGUGUCUCCGCCGGCGGUCUCCGCGGGCCCUGUCUCCGGCGACGGAGUCGCACUGGCGCCGGGAGAGAGACGAGGCCGGGUGUCGCUUGUCUCCCAGCAGGUCUACCUCCAGAACUUGCAAAACGCGUGGGUCGGACUUACGCAGAUUCCCCUCCUCUACAUUUACAGCAAUGUCGUCUUGUACGGAACUGGGCACCGCUUUGUCACUGGUGACGAAGCUCUCGGCUUCGAGGACCGUCUGGCAUGUUUUUCUCCGUCGCCUGUUUCCCCACCGUUCCUGCUUUCGUCCUUCCUCAGCGAGACGCGCAAGAGCUCCGCAGUCGCGGGGUUUUCGGCCGUUCUCCUGCCGCUCUCAAUUUUCCUCUCCUGCGUCACGGUGGGCUGGCUGAUGGCUGACAGGAUCAUAGGCCACCACCAGAAGUCUCACGCGCGCCGAGGAAAUCUUCGGCAGGUCAUGCAGGAAAGAUCUUUUCAGUUUCUCCUCGGCCUAACUUUCGUUUACCACACAGGCGACCUCUUUGUGAGGAUCUGGACCUGGUGCCUCAUCAGCGACGAGGUGUACGCCCCCCUCAACUUCAUUUGUUGCUUCUUUCUCCAGACGUUGAAUUUAGCUUUGUACCUCACCCUGUCUUCUUCCUUCCUCCAUUGCUUUCUUCGGGGUCUUCUCUCUCUCCUGGUUUCUCCUCUUGACGUUUUCCUUAUCCACGCUGAGACCCCCCGCCAAGGUCGAUCUUCGAUCCUCAUUCUGGCGCUGCGCCUCCUGGACCUCCUCGCCAUCUCGCUGCUUGUCGGUUUCCGGACAGCGUCGGAGACGCCUCUCUACUUGGACGUGAAUCGCGAGACAGAAGGCCAGGGCGUAGAUGCGCCGAUUUUCGGGGCCGCUCUGAACGAGACGGCGUCGCGUUUCACUGCUGCUCUCAACGCCAGACUGCAUGCAGCGAGCCGUUUCUGUCUCGUCCUCGUCUCCGUGCUCUUCUGUCUCUUGGUGGCGAUCAUCGGCAUCAAACGACGCAGAGACGCAGUCGAAGCGGAGACACUUCGGGCCCUGCUUGACCCAUCUCGUCUCUCUCAAGCACAACCGCGUGCCUCUCGAGCAGCUUCUCCUUCUUCCUCUUCUUCGUCUUCCUCCUCUUCUUCCUCUCCUUUGUCUUCCUCCUCUUCUUCGUCUUCCUCCUCUUCUUCGUCUUCUUCCUCUUCUUCGUCUUCCUCCUCUUCUUCCUCUUCUGCUGCCGGUCGUGAGGGCCUGGCAGAUGCAUCUUCCCGGCCAGGAGUGGACGAGGUUGCGUUAGGAGAGUCUCAAGACGCGCAGGAGGCGUCAGCAGAGAGGCCGAGCGCGGGCACACCUGGAAGAGAAGGGCGGGUUAGGCAGGCGGCAGGGAGGCAAAAGGAAGUCGGCGGACGAUCGCAGCGUUGCGAGGAGGCGGCGUUUGGGCCUCGUCAGUUUGCGGAGAGAGAAUCCGAAGCGGCGAGUCGAGGCGGCGUGCGAGGGCCUGCGGCAGGAGAGAAAGAGAGGAGAGACGACGGAGGUGGCCUAGAAGCGUCCAGAGGGCGAGAGGCGGGCCGUGUGUGUCUUGAGAGAGGGGACAGUGAGCAGCACGGAGAAGAACAGAAGAGGAAACGGGGCAACCUCAGACAAGCGAGCGUUCUGGCGGGAGACGCUUUGAGAGGAGAGAAGGAAAGGGACCCGAUGCCUUCCUGCGGGGCGUGCGGCCUCGAGGUGCCUGCGUCGCCCCUCCGAAGCUGCGCCUUUUGA